AUGGUUGGAAUUAAAAAAAGAACUCAACACUUAAAAAAUAUUGCUAAAAUUUCUGUGCAGUCAAGACAAGAAAAACAAAAAAUACCAGAGGAUACUGAAAUUUAUGAUUCUGCUAAUUCUGAUGAUUUUGAAGAAAUGAUUUCAUAUUUUGAUGAAGAAUUUGAAAAUAACAGUGAAUCUUUAUUCCAAUUACUGAUUAAUUAUAUGAAAAAUUAUAAAGCCAAAAGACCUUUAACCUAUCAUGGAAAUUCAACAAGAGCACAAAAAAGAAGAAAGGCAUCAACAAAAGAAAAUAUCAAUAAAAAUGGUCAAACUCUUGAUCAAUUUUUUAUUUUAAAAAAAGAUUCUAGUAAAGAAAUGACACAGAAUAAUGAUUCACAAA